UUACGAUUUUUUGUGGAGGGGGGAAGUCCUAGGGUCUGCGGCAAGGCACACCGGGUACACAGACGAAAGGCGACGAUCCUCACCUGCGUUAUGAUGCCAACAAGUGAACCCCAGGGAGAGCAGAUGCUGACCGCACGCUACAAUCACAACACACCCAACCAGACUUUUUCUUCUUACCAAGUUCAGAGGCCGAUUCUCCCCGCCCCGCUAAACCAUCACCUCCAGCAGCAGCAGCAGCAGCAGCAGCAAAGACAGCAAGCGUCUCUUCGAAACAAACGGCGAAUGCUCUACCAGGUACCUUGUGGGAUACAAGGGAAGCAACCUGGAACUGUGGAAAGAAGAAACGCGCGAGAGAGAAAUCGAGUUCGUCUCAUCAACCAUACGUUUUCCGACUUGAGAAACCAUCUUCCAGCCAAGUACACCCGAGCAAAGAAUGGCAAAUCGAAAAAGAUGAGCAAAGUCGACACGCUGAGAUCUGCCAUUGAGUAUAUAAGUCAACUUCACAGUGCCCUUAGCGAAGGAGAGACUGCGGUGAAGCCGCCGCAGAGCGACAACCAAUGGUACUCUGCCCUCUCCCCCUCCUCGUAUUCGGACGGUGGGUCACCGGGGUCCAGUUUCGGUGGCUCGGACUCUGCAAGUGACCACUGUCCAACCCUAGAUGACGAAGAUGAACUUCCAGAUGACCUGCUCGACUUCAACAAUUGGUUUUGAACACACUGUUCGACACAUUUGGAAAAUGUGAAGGAUCGUCCCUGGUGACUUCGGACAAAGGCCGCCAUAGCCACGAGACCAGCGGGAGAGAGGCAAAUAUUGUCCGGGAUUCUAUAGGGCCGGAGGUCAACCGGAAAGUUGAACUGAAGGUUGAUGCGGGUGUCGUCCUCCAAGUGCUGAAACUCCAGACAGUGCAGCUAGUACCUUCCCAAAGGUGUGUGCAGUGUCUGUUUGCUGUGAGAGAGACGAUGGAAUCAACGUGACCAUCGGGCAUAUAACUGAAGAAGAUCUGUCCGCAGAAACCACCCAAUGCCGCAUCCCUGCGUGGAGGACACUGUGUACUAUAAAACGAUGAAUAUUUUCUGUUUUGUGAUUGAUUCUGGAAAUCGUUUUUAAAACUGACUGAAUAUGAAAAUGUUUUUUACCAGAUGACUUGAAGUAUAUAUGAUUCAACACAAGACUUGCAAGGCUGCAGGCAGCCCGUAAUUAUUAAAAGUUGUAAUUUAAUAUUAUUUAUAUUUACAAUGUAAAAAAUCGUAUUAAGUUUGUGAAUGAUAUAAAUGUAAAAUAAGCAAUUUUAUCUUUGUUAUGGCAUAAAAUCGUAGUAAAUAAAAAGAGACUUUGAAUUAAUAGUGAAAUACAUAGAACAUGCAUAUAAUAUUCAGUGUGCUUACUUAAAUGAUAUGUUUUGAACAUAAUAA